AUGAUGGAUGAAUAUGCCGAUGCCAAAUGGAACCUACCGGGUUGGAGAAUAGAACAAAAAUAUAAUACAGAUGUCUUGAUAGGGAAUUGGAACGAAGAACGUAGAGUGGUAGGUACACCGUGUAUGUUUGGUGAUCUAUAGAUCUUCGAAAAUAGUAACAUCCCCCUUGUAAUAAGUGUCUGCACAAUGGAAACUAUCAGACUGUGUAAAAUAAGUUGGAAAAGUUAUAUCAGGAAGCUUGCACUUAUAGUACAAAAUAAAUAAAUGGAGGUAUGAAAGUCUUGUUCCUGUUGUAGAGAUCAAUAUGCAAAAAUUAAAGGCACGCGCAAAAUGUAGGCUUGAAAAUUCUGCUUUUGUUUACACCGGCAAAUUGAAAAAGAUCCCUCAUAGUUUAUUGAUGUAAGAAUCAGUUAAGUUUGUUUGAUAAAAAGAUCCCCUACAGGAAGGCGGUUUUUUUAUAGCAUCACAAGCGUGAUACUUGCGUUCCAUUCUUUGCAUAUUUUUGGUGUUAAAUUAUAUUUUUGUUAGCUACCAGUCCCCAGUUUUGGUAACAUCUUCUUGUGAAUAUUUUUCCCCCAGGCACAAACGACCAUAUCGAAGUAAAAUUUUCUUCGAUAAAUAUUCUUAAAACUGCUAGGAGUAAUAAAAAAGAUUUGUUGGGGAAAAGGGGGGGGUGGGGGGGAGGGGAAUUUAAAACUUUGCAGAAUUUUUAGAUAAUUGUAGGACUAUUUGAUAUUAGGGUUAGAGCAUCUUUAAACAGUGUUACUGAAGAUGCUGUCAUAAAACAACAAAUAAUCUUUUCAAUAAAGUUCAAGUUUGUGCAUGAAGAAAGUGAAGAAAAGUUUUGUUGGCUCUGAUCCCUGCACAAUCCCCCUAAUAUCCAUUGUUUUUCUAUUAUACUUGAAAACAUGUUAUGUGAGAACAUGCUGAGAUGGACCGGCCCAUGAUCUAUGGAAUUUCUCUUACAGUGAGUUCUGGUUUAUACCUUUGCUAUUUGCCUGUUUUUAGUUUGAGAGAGGAUCGUCCUUCUUUAAUAGCACUCACAGAGUGGAUUUCAAAAAUUAUGGAAAAUGUCUGCCUGAUGUCACAACCAGGAGGAAAGCCCUAGAGAAACAUGAUGUAAGUUAAUUCAAAAUUCUUAUUCAAGGUCAAUUAGUCCUUGCUCAGCUGUUUUGCUCUUUUACCUUGCAUUUCCCUGUCUGCAGCUCACUUGUUAAGCCAGUCACCCAUUCUCAUCCCCAGACCAGCAAUCCUUUUGGCUGGCACGCUGGUCGAGAGCUGCUGCUGGGGUUGAAGUCAGAAGUCUACAAAUCACAGACUUCUGGCUAUCUGUGCAGCCUUGGGAAACUAUGUAUCGUGCUUGCAUAUGCUGGACCCAGCUAGAGCCAUUGAUCUUUUGGCAGGCUAAAAGUAUAACAUAUCAUGGCCUAUGUGUAGCUGCUACAUGUAGGCAACACCUCUGGAGAUAAGAAUGCAAGUCAUCAUAUCAGGUACUUACUGGUCAGAUAGUCCUUUCGGCUAAUUUGUUUGUUAUUUUUUCACUAGGGUCUAGGAAAAGAGUUCAUUUUCUCUCAUCAUCAAAAAGCUUAUGAAGGAAACAGAAUCUCCUGGUACGAUCAGCAGUUUAAUAAGCGAGAGAUUGCAGAGUCUAAGCUCCCACCACUGAGAUCAUGGGAUAGACAGAAGCUGGCCUGGGCACCAGAGAAAUCGGACUAUCCUAUUCAAGGUGUGUCGAGUCAAAUUUUGGAUAUUAUGGUGACUGUUGUAUCCUUAUUGAUGAAAAACUGUUUUACAGUGACUGUCUGACCCUGUUAACAAGAAAAAGAGGUUAAUCUACUAAAUCCUGUGUUAUAUGUGCUUUCAGGGCAUCCCACAAACUAUGGUUUAUUAGAAAAACUUCAGCAAAAAUGGAAGAAAGAAGCAGCCAUGGAAAACCUUGGGAUACAUUUGUCCACAUACAACUUGUCAUACAACCGUCAUCCUAGAGCAUCAUUCACUCUUCAACAUUAUGCACCGUCAAAAAGCCUCUCCUGUCAUUUUCAUCCUCAUCGUGUCAACAAAGACCUUCAUUUACGAGGAAAACAGCUGAACACUGCUCCAGAAUUUCCACCAACCCUUGCUAUCCCUCACAAUGUGCCCCCUGACUUUCCACAAUCAACCAUUCUUGCAGUGUGAGGUUUAUGUUGUUUGAGGACACUGGCUUACAACAAAAUUUUCCAGCACCACCCUGUGUUCAAAAAUUCAAUACUGACAGCUACAAUGUAGCUUUUGCUCAUCUCCAUCCUGUUGCAAAGUUUUAGAAGCAAAAAUUGACCAACAAAGUAAUAUCUGCUCUUAAGCAUAAUUUGCUCGAGUGGACAUGGACACUGUCAUAAUAAAAACUUAAUCUGACUGUCUUGAUAGUUACUGUACACUUUAUUACAAGAUUACUGUAAUGGCAUUUAAUCUUGCAGCAAUUUCUUAUCAUAAUGAACUGCUUGUACAGUCUGGAUUUUCAUGUACUUAAAAUUUAAUCAUGACCCAUGAUCAGGCCUUUUUAAGCCUACAUAUUAUUGUUUACCAUUUCUGAGCCAAAUUAGGAAUGGCAACUUUGUAUGCAAUGCAAUAAUGCAUUAGGUUUGUGGGGAAAGUAAAAGUCCUACUAAGAUAUGGACUACAUGUCUGUAACUACAGUUUUUAACUCCAAAAGUUAUUAUUUUGUUGUUAUCCCUCCACAUCAUAUCAGAAAACAAGUCUAAAACUUCUGAUAAAAUAAAUAUCAUUACUUUAUUUGGGUCUGAUAUACAUAAAUACAAUAGUAAAAAUAAUUGCCUCAUUUGUUUCGUGCACAUUAUCUACAUCCAAGUUGUAUGCCCAUUGUUGGUCCUCUUUUGUCACACAGAAUAAUAACAGCAGUUCAUAGGUCAGAAAGAUUAGAACAGAAAAUGAAAGUACAAGUAGGCUAGUGAUUUUUACCAAAAGAACUUAACAGUACAGUUCUGAAUAUCUAGGCUUAAUCUUGUACUUUCAAGUUCUUAAU